UAUGAAUACUAACAUUGGCAAUUUUCAAUGCGAAAAUAUAGCAGUUAACAUUGGAUGCGGAUCCGGACAGAGCAUUUGCCAUAUGAGUCAAUAUUUUCAAAAGAUAAUUGCAAUUGAUGAAUCUGUAGAUAACAUAAAACGUGCUAAAUGUAUUAACAAAAAUGAAAAUGUUGAAUUUGCAAUUGGUAGUUUUGAUCAGAUACCAGCUGAAGAUAAUUCCGUAUCAUUAGUAUAUUGUGGAACGGCUGUUCAUUGUUUUCAACCAAUAGAAAAAUUUUAUAUAGAGGCAAAAAGGGUUCUGGUACCUGGUGGAUAUAUAAUUAUACCAACCAGUUCGCCAUCAGUAUUGGAGGAAUCUUUAACUGAAAACAUUAUAAAUAGAAGUUUGGUUAUACUUAAAAUAAUACUCAGCUAUAUAACGAAAGAAUGGAAUUUUUGUAAAAUAUCACAACAAGACAAAAAGAAUAUUUCAGUUUUAAAUAGCAUCAAUCACUUACGCAAAGCUUUUUCAAUGGAGAAAUGUUCAGAUUUUCUAAAACGACCUGAUCGAACGGAACACAGUGAAAACGAAGAUCACGAAUAUAAGUGGCCAAUUGCUAUUGGACGAAAACUCUUAAGAGCUCAGAGAUAA